AUGCAUUUUCUUCAGUGGAAUUGUGAAGAUGUUGCAAACUGGAUUGAGUCUUUAGGAUUUCCUCAGUACAAAGAAUGCUUUACUGAGAACUUCAUCUCUGGGCGGAAACUCAUUCACGUUAACUGCAGCAACUUGCCAAAACUUGGGAUUGCUGAUUUUGAGCAUAUGAAGGUGAUCUGCGCUGAGGUGCGAGCCGUGUUGGGAAUCACAGAGGCCCUGUGGAGCCGCAACUUCACUGACCCUCCGCAGGACCCUCGAGCCCUGUUCCUGCUGCUGAAGAGUCCCACCGGAGCUCAGGCCGACAGACUCUCCUACCAGCAGUUCGCCGUCCACCUGCAGCAUGAAUGGCAGAAUGUGGAAUAA